GCUGCCCGCGAGGGGGAGCGGCCGGGCGGGGAGCGCGACUCGUCCCGGGGGUGGGGACCGCGCGCGCGGUGGCGAGCGGAGACCGAGGGGACCGCGGCAGCAGCGUGCAGCCGGCCGCCGCGCCUCCGCGCUCCCGCACCUCGCUCAGAUGCGCCGGCCCAUGGCGGCCGCGGGGCGGCUCUGGCUGCUCUACCUGUCGGCUGGACUCCUGCCCCGACUCGGCGCCGCCUUCAACUUGGACACCCGCGAGGACAAUGUGAUCAGCAAAAGAGGGGAGCCCGGGAGCCUCUUCGGCUUCUCGCUGGCCAUGCACUGGCAGCUGCAGCCCCAGGACAAGCGGCUAUUGCUGGUGGGAGCUCCUCGGGCAGUGGCCCUUCCACUACAAAGGGCCAACAGAACAGGCGGCCUGUACAGCUGUGACAUCACCUCGCAGGGACCUUGCACACGGGUGGAAUUUGAUAACGAUGCUGACCCCACGUCGGAAAGCAAAGAGGACCAGUGGAUGGGCGUCACUGUCCAGAGCCAAGGCCCAGGGGGCAAAGUUGUGACGUGUGCGCAUCGAUACGAGAAGAGGCAACAUGUUAACACAAAGCAGGAAUCCCGGGACAUCUUUGGAAGGUGCUAUGUCCUCAGUCAGGACCUCACGAUUGAAGAUGAAAUGGACGGAGGGCACUGGAGUUUUUGUGAUGGUCGAUUGCGAGGCCAUGAAAAAUUUGGUUCUUGCCAGCAAGGUGUAGCAGCCACUUUCACUAAAGACUUUCAUUACAUUGCGUUUGGAGCCCCAGGCACUUAUAACUGGAAAGGGAUUGUUCGAGUAGAGCAGAGGAAUAAUACUUUUUUUGACAUGGACAUCUUUGAAGAUGGGCCUUAUGAAGUUGGUGGCGAGACUGACCGUGAUGAAAGUCUAGUUCCUGUUCCAGCUAACAGUUACUUAGGCUUUUCUUUGGACUCCGGGAAAGGUAUUAUUUCUAAAGAUGAGAUCACUUUUGUGUCUGGGGCCCCAAGAGCUAAUCACAGUGGAGCUGUUGUUUUGCUGAAAAGAAAUCCGAAGUCUACCCAUCUGCUGCCAGAGCACAUAUUUGAAGGGGAAGGUCUGGCUUCUUCCUUUGGCUACGACGUGGCGGUGGCGGACCUUAACAAAGACGGGUGGCAGGAUAUAGUCAUUGGAGCUCCACAGUAUUUUGACAGACUUGGAGAAGUCGGAGGUGCCGUGUAUGUCUACAUGAAUCAGCAAGGCAGGUGGAAUAAUGUCCAACCAAUUCGUCUUAAUGGAACCAAAGAUUCUAUGUUUGGCAUUGCAGUCAAAAACAUUGGAGAUAUUAAUCAAGAUGGCUAUCCAGAUAUUGCAGUUGGAGCUCCCUAUGAUGACAUGGGAAAGGUUUUUAUCUAUCAUGGAUCUGCAAGGGGAAUAAAUACCAAACCAACACAGGUUCUCGAGGGUAAAUCGCCUUCUUUUGGAUACUCAAUUGCUGGAAAUAUGGACCUUGAUAGAAACUCCUACCCCGAUGUUGCAGUUGGCUCUCUUUCCGAUUCGGUCACUGUUUACAGAUCCCGGCCUGUGAUCAAUAUUAAGAAAACCCUCACAGUAACACCUGACAAAAUUGACCUCCGCCAGAAAACUUUCUGCAACGCUCCAAGUGGGAUCUGCCUCAAGGUCAAGGCCUGUUUUGAAUAUACUGCCAAACCCGAGGGUUAUAAUCCUUCAAUAACCAUUGUGGGCACCCUGGAGGCUGAAAAGGUGAGAAGAAAAUCUGGACUGUCAUCAAGAGUUCAGUUUCGGAACCAGGCCUCGGAGCCCAAGUAUUCUCAGGAGCUGACGCUGAACAGGCAGAAGCAGAAGGCGUGCAUGGAGGAGACCCUCUGGCUGCAGGAAAACAUCAGAGACAAGCUGCGUCCCAUCCCUAUCACCGCCUCGGUAGAGAUCCGAGAGCCUGGCACCCGGAGGCGUGUGAAUUCGCUUCUGGAAGUCCCUCCAAUUCUGAAUUCCAACGAGCCCACGACGGCGCAUACAGAUGUGCACUUCCUAAAAGAGGGAUGUGGAGACGACAAUGUAUGCAACAGCAACCUUAAACUAGAGUAUAAAUUUUGUACCCGGGAAGGAAGUCAAGACUUUUCUUACUUACCCAUUCAUAAUGGUGUGCCAGAACUUGUUUUGAAAGAUCAGAAGGACAUUGCUUUAGAAAUAACUGUCACCAACAUCCCCUCCAGUGCCACGGAGCCCAUCAGGGCUGGGGAUGAUGCCCACGAAGCUAAGCUCAUUGCCACAUUUCCCGAUGCGCUGACGUAUUCUGCAUUCAGGGAAUUGCGGGCAUUCCCGGAGAAACAGCUGAGCUGUGUUGCCAACCAGAACGGCUCACAAGCCAACUGUGACCUCGGAAACCCUUUCAAAAGGAAUUCCAGUGUUACUUUUCAUUUGAUUUUAAGUACAACUGAAGUCACCUUUGACACCCCGGAUCUGGCUAUUAAUCUGAAGUUGGAAACAACAAGCAAUCAAGAUAAUUUGGCUUCAAUUACAGCUACAGCAAAAGUGGUUGUUGAACUGCUUUUAUCGGUCUCCGGAGUUGCUAAACCUUCCCAGGUGUAUUUUGGAGGCACGGUUGUGGGGGAGCAAGCGAUGAAAUCAGAAGAUGAAGUGGGAAGUUUAAUAGAGUAUGAGUUCAGGGUAAUCAACUUGGGCAAACCUCUCAGAAACCUCGGCAUGGCAACUUUGAAUAUCCAGUGGCCAAAAGAAAUUAGCAAUGGCAAAUGGUUGCUGUAUUUGGUCAAAGUAGACUCCGAAGGCUUGGAAAAGAUCGCUUGUGAACCACAGAGUGAGAUCAACCUCUUGCAUCUACAGGAGUCUCAUCACUCAAGAAGGAGGCGGGAAAUUGCUGAAAAACAGAUAGACGAUGGCAAAAAGUUCUCUUUAUUCGCCGAGAGAAAAUACCAGACCCUUAACUGCAGCGUGAACGUGAACUGUGUGAACAUCAGGUGCCCGCUGCGGGGGCUGGACAGCAAGGCCUCGGUGGUCCUGCGCUCCCGGCUGUGGAACAGCACAUUCCUCGAGGAAUACUCGAAAAUGAACUACUUGGACAUUCUUGUCCGGGCUUCCAUCGACAUCGUUGCCGCCAGCGAGAAUAUCAAUAUCAAGCUGCCAAACGCAGGUACCCAGGUCCGUGUGACUGUGUUCCCCUCCAAGACUGCAGCCCAGUAUUCAGGCGUGCCUUGGUGGAUCAUCCUAGUGGCUAUUCUUGCUGGAAUUCUGAUGCUUGCUCUGCUAGUGUUUUUACUAUGGAAGUGUGGAUUCUUUAAACGCUCUAGGUACGACGAUAGCGUUCCCCGGUACCAUGCCGUCCGGAUCCGCAAAGAAGAGCGAGAGAUCAAAGAUGAAAAAUACCAUGAUAACCUUGAAAAGAAACAGUGGAUCACAAGGUGGAAUGAAAAUGAAAGCUACUCCUAGGGGUUUCCCCCCUGAAUCUCACAGGACCCAAAACUGCUUUUCCCAUUCUCAGAAAUUCAAAUGGAAUUGAAAGCCUGUUCAGUACCUGAAUAUUGAUUUCAGAUAGACGACACCCCGUCCAUACCUGCAGUUUUUAACUGUGGAUGUCACGUGGCCUAAGGCUCCUGUUUUGCACAACCAAAUAUAAGCCCGUCGGAAUGGAUCUUUCUUCAACUGCCUUAAUUUAACUUUUCGGGUGGAUUUUGUCUCUGUGGCUCACUUAUAUGAGCUGAGGAAGGGCCUGUCCCACCCCCCAUGUGUGUUGUGUGACUGGAAGAAGGCACCCACUACUGGCAAGCAAUGCAUGGACAGGAUGCCUGCCCAGCCUCAUGGCCACCUCUGCAAACCUUCUCAUAAGACUGGAGAACCUGCCACAGAAAUGUCUGGCAUCGCAGGACUGGGCCGUCGGGUAGCUGCGUAUCUAUUUGAAGUGCUAUCUUAAAACGAAAUGUGCAAUAGGUGGUGAGGUUGCCAUCCGGCCAUCUUCCCCAGCUGCAGGAAUAUCUGCUCACACCAAAUGCGUCCAGAUUCCACUCUCCCUUCUCGCUAAAAUAUACAGCAGCAACAGACUUGAAUGCUAGUUAGACUUAUUUGUAUAUGGUAUUUAUUGUUUUCCUUUUUUUUUUUUUUUUUUUUUUUUACAAACCAUUUUGAUAUUGACUUACAGGCCAAAGAUUCUCCGUUAACCUUCAGGUUGGAUUAAGCAAUCAGAAUUUAGAACAACGGGAGGUCGUUGACGGGACUGCUAAGGAAGAAAACCAUUCUUUAUAAGUGUGCCAGAGAAUUGUUAUCACUUACAGAUAAGCUUAAGUUAUUAAAAGGUCUCCCCUCUAUCACAGUGCUCACCCCCCAUUUUUCCAAACCUAAAAAGAACAGUAUAGAGGGCCGGAGAGAUAAUACAGGCAUUAUGGUGCUUGUCUUGCACAUAGCUGAUACCUGGUUUGACUCCCAGCACCACAUACGGUCCUCUAAGCCCCGCAAAGAGGGAUCCCUGAGCACAGAGCCAGGAGUAAGCCUUGGGCACCACUGGGUAUAACCUACCCCACCCCCUAAGAAGAGAAAAAGGAUUGGCUGUUGGGCCCUGUCAUUGUUAGAAGAGAUGGGAUGCUUUUUGAGUUUAGAGCCUGUGAUAUUUCUGACUUUCAUGAUACAAUUUUCAGGAACUUCUGCAGAAAAGGGGCUUGUCCAUUGGAUAUGAGUAUGGUUUAGUCACUGGUAGAUAUUCAGGACUGGGACUUUCUGUUCAGGACUUGAAAGACAAGACGAGAGCCUGUGUCGGAUCCUGACUGAGACCGUGUGAGACUACUGAGUAUCAGAGACCAAAGUUCAGGCAGAACAGCAGGGCUUGUAAGGUAUUUGUUCUUGGAAUCACGAAAUCGGUGUCCGCGUCUGGUUGGCUUUUGCUUGGCUUCCUCCCAUUUCUGUUCUCAAAAAUUACUACUACUCUCACAAGAAUUUUCCACUGGCUUUUAGUUGUAAAAUUGGAACGAGAGGGUGGGGGUGGGGGAUGGAGAAAGACUAUCCUUUCUGUUUAUCCCGUGGAAAUCAAACAAUGCAAGAGCUAGCUGAAUUGCAUUUACAGCGCUUCAGAACGUUAAGUUCUAUGGGGAGCAGCAGCAAACCAGGUGCUAACUUGUUUGGAUUCCAUGUAGACAGCGUCUCAGUCAGGAACAGAACAGAGCCUUAGGUGCCAUUGUUGCUUUAAAAGUUUUAAUUUGAUUUCUUGAUAGAAAUCUUAUGCCCUUUAGAUACUAACCCUAUUACUCUAGUUGUACUUUGGAAUUAUCAUUCCCAGACAUAGUUUUACAAAUGAUAUAUUGUUUACAGAAAUUUCUCUAAAAUAGGUCAUAACCAUGUUCAAAAUCUCAAGUUUCUUGCUUAGGCCACUAGGAACCUAAUGCACUGGCUUUAUAGGUUGCUAAGACACUGAUGUUUUGGAAAUGUUUAUGGACCUUUGUUAUAAAAAGGAAUAUCCUGAAAAGGGAGGGCUAGGGUGGGUUAAAGUGAGGUUUAACAGUUAAAGAGAAAAAAAAAAGAAUGUAGUGGUGGUCGAAUUAAUAGUUGUUAAAAAUGUCAUCUCAAGUCAAGUCACUGGUCUGUUUGCAUUUGAUACAUUUUUAUACUAACUAGCAUUGUAAAAUUAUUUCAUGAUUAGAAAAUACCUGUGGAUAUUUGUAUAAAAGUGUGAAAUAAAAAUUUUUUAUGAAAUUG